AAUAUCUGAAUUGCUUUUAGGUUUUUUAAUUUUGCCCUAAUUUUUUCUUCUCUGCCCAGUCCUUCUUCCUCCCUCAACCUUUGUGGCUGACGUUGCUCCUCCGAUUGAGUCGCUGUUGCCGUCGUCGAAGGCUCUCCGAAGGCUUUUCCGCACUCUGCCGUCGCCCAACUGAAGGUUCUACUACUAUCGUCGAAGGUUCUGAAAACACCCAUCCAGAAAUAGAAGCAAAGAUUUGAGGGAGCCUUUCAAUCUUCAGAAGGGUUGGCUUUUAUGGGCUGAAGUUGGACUUGUUGGUUCCAUAAUUGCCACUGCAUUGACCGGAGUUGCUGUGUCUUCCUUCAGUGGAGAAACCCCACAAAGAGAGACUAAUGCUCUUGUUCGCUUGCUUCCGUUAAUUGGAUCUUCAAAUCUCAAUACUGCAUGCUUGGUGGGCAUCACAGGUGUUCUUGCUCCACUCCUUGACCAAGUGAUAUGCAUUGGGAUGAUAAUUGAACAGAGAAGGUUUCAACCAGUGCAGCUUCAGCUAUACUAGAGAAAGAGAUGGAUUCUUCUACUUCACAGGACAUAUACAUUCCGGAACAAUGGUCUGAGGCUGCAGAAUCCAUUUCUUGCAGUUCAACACCUCCUAUUGUUUUUAUAUGUGGUGCCAAAAAUUGUGGGAAGACGACCUUUUCCCGCUAUCUCCUAAAUAUCCUCUUGCACAAAUACACCAAAGUAGCUUAUCUGGAUACUGAUGUUGGCCAACCUGAGUUUACUCCUGCUUUUCUAUCACUAACCAUUGUUCACAAAGUAACUCCAGAUUUGACAGUUCCAUGCCUGAAAACACCAGAGAGGUGUCUUUUCUUUGGUGACGUUUCUUGUAAAAGAGAUCCAUCAACAUACUUAAGUUAUGUCUUUGCCAUUUAUGAUUAUUACCAAAAGGAGUAUGGCAUCUCUGUGAAAGGAGAAAAUCCUUGUAAUAUCAAGUUGCCUCUUAUUGUGAAUACUCCUGGCUGGGUGAAAGGUGUUGGUUAUGAUGUAUUAGUGGACAUGUUGAAUUAUAUUUCUCCAACACAUGUAGUUAAGAUAAGCACAUCCAGUGAAAAUAAGAAUCUACCUGCUGGAGAAUUCUGGUUAGAUGAAGAACAUGAUGGAACAAUGAACCUAAUUGAGAUAAAUUCAGCUCGUCAGGAUUCAUUAAAUAGAUCGGUACUUUUUCAGAAGGAUGCCCGUCCCCUACGUGAUUUACGAAUAAUGGCUUAUUUCAGACAGUGCUUUUCUAGUGAUUCAAAUAUUUCUACUAUGAAUGAACUUGCACAUGCCUUGGCCUCUCACUGUCCUUAUGAAGUUCCCAUUGCAAGCAUAAAGAUUAGGCAUCUUCAUUGUGAGGUCCCAAGCUCUGAAAUAUUCUUCAGUUUGAAUGCUACUAUUGUUGGCUUAGCUGUUGAUUCUGAAGGACCUGAAAAUUUACCUUGGUGUUUUGGCCUUGGGAUUGUGAGGGGCAUUGACACAGUAAAAGGUGUGCUCUAUGUCAUUACUCCUGUGCCACAUAGUUCCUUGGAAAAGGUCAACCUCUUGCUACAGGGUUAUAUUCAAAUUCCCUCUUGUUUGUUGCAGGUUCAGGGAUGCAUCUCACCAUACAUGUCAGCAAAUACUUUGGCUAUAAACUAGUUAUUCAUGUGUUAGCAAAGAGAAUCAUUUCAGAAGCAUAUUAGCAGGGUAAUAGCCAUUAUAGUUUUACUUAUAUUAUCAUUUUUCCUUAUUUGCUAUAUACAAUUUUGUUUACUGUUAUUUAUAUUUAUACACAGUAGAUGUACAUUUGUGGAUAUUUAGCAUUGAAAUUAUACUCGAUUGCUUGCAGGAUGAUUA